UAAGAAACCGGUUGAGAAACUCACAUGCGCACAAAGAGAGAUAUCUAAAGAGAGAGAAUGAGACAUAGAGAAAGAGAGUAGACAUUUAUAUAAACGCAGAACAGUUUUAUAACGUCAUUGUCACUAUUUGUUUUUGUUUUGUUUACGUUGUUUCUUCUUCUUUCCCCCAAAUGUGUAACAUGACAAGUGUUUAUCAUCCUGACAGUUUAUUAUGAAGAAGUCUGGACGAGUUAACUUGGGUUUUUUUGCGUGUUCUGAACUUCUGCCCCGAUGGAGAGCGUCGGAAACUUCGAGUUCAACAGGAAAGACCUGGUCGGUCACGGCGCGUUCGCGGUGGUGUUCAAAGGCAGACACAAACAGAGACAUGAGAUUGAAGUUGCUGUGAAGUGCAUAAAUAAGAAGAAUUUGGCCAAGUCGCAGUCGUUUCCAGGAAAAGAGAUAAAAAUAUUAAAGGAACUGAAACAUGAAAACAUCGUCGGUUUGCUGGAUUUUCAGGAGAUCUCUGGCUGUGUCUACCUCGUCAUGGAGUACUGCAAUGGUGGAGAUCUGGCUGAAUAUCUGCACUCCAAAGGCUGUCUGAGUGAGGACACCAUCCGGAGCUUCGUAAAGCAAAUAGCGGGUGCUCUGGGCGUCCUGCGGAACAAAGGCAUCGUCCACAGGGACCUGAAGCCGCAGAACAUCCUUUUGUCCCACAGCGCAGGGCGUAGAGUCAGCCCCAACAACAUCUGCAUUAAACUGGCUGAUUUCGGCUUUGCAAGAUACCUGUGGGGAAACAUGAUGGCUGCAACACUGUGUGGUUCUCCCAUGUACAUGGCUCCAGAAGUUAUCAUGUCACACACUUACAAUGCCAAAGCCGAUCUGUGGAGCGUGGGCACCAUCGUCUUCCAGUGUCUGACUGGCAAAGCUCCAUUUCAGGCGAGUUCUCCUCAGGAGCUGCGAUUGUUCUAUGAAAGAAACCAGAAACUCAAUCCAAAAAUCCCACGGGAAACCUCCAGCCAUCUCAGGCAUCUACUGCUCGGCCUGCUGCAAAGGAACCACAGAGGCCGCAUGAACUUCGAUGAGUUUUUUCAUCAUCCUUUUAUGGAAGCAAGUCCUGUCCUGAGAAAAUCCUCUCCAAUGCUUAUGCCAUCAUACGCCAGCUCAGGAUCUGGAAGCUCCAGCAGUGGCUCUUCAACCUCCAACCUCACCCCAACACAGUCGGACACUGAAACCCAAAGGCCACACCCCUUGGACAAAGCAACACCCCCUGUUUGCUCCCAGCUGAAGAGUUCCUCUUCCUCAGAGCCAGAUGACUUUGUCAUGGUUCUCAUGCAGUCCUCCACUAAAAAGGUUAAUGUUUUGACCUUUUUAGAUGAAGCAGCGGACAAUCAGGAAAUGGGGACUCAGAGUGGGUGUAUUUUGUUAAGUCCAGGUAACUUUGUGGUUGAAACACCUCCACCCUCACCCUCACCCUCACCCUGUACAUCUCCAAGCUCUCCCAGUAAUUAUGGCCAAUCCGCACCUGUUCCUGUGCCUACACAAAUCUACAACUACCAAAGGAUGGAGCAGAAUCUGCAGGGAGGGUCAAGGACCGCAGUACCCACAAGUCAUUACUGCACAAGUGGGUCCCCCAGAGGAUCUUUUAGUCCGUCUCAUCACCGACUGCUUACAGGAGGGUCCAGACCUUACCAACUGUCUCCCAAAGUUGGAACGAUACCGGAGACCCCUGACCAAUCAGAGCCGCAGUGUAGCAGGACAGGAAUGCAGGAUGUGCACGUUCCCAGUGCCACGGUGGCAGUUUCGACACCUAGGAGCCACCAGCGCAGUUCAGACACAAUAGUAAACAUGUGGAAGCUGAACAGACGAGCCAGCCUUCCCAGCACCCUGAGCCCCACCAGGACUAUGGAUAAUCUCCAGGAACCCUGUGUGACCCCCACCAGUGCAGCGCUGAGAAGAAGCUCUGUCAAAAGGUGCCUCUCAAAAAAACUGUCCAGUAGCGUGGGCCGGCUGUCCGAUAUAGUGCUGAAGGCUGUGUUUGGAUCUCAGCUGGACAGGGGCAGCUAUGAGGGUCUGAGUACAGAAAGAUCUAUGGACACUACAGCGCCCCCUGGUGGAAUUGUUUGUGUAGAGAAAGGCUCAGGAAUCCCCGGUCGUGUCCUCUUCACUGUAGGCACCCCUCCUGACAGACACACUCCUCCAACGUACGCCAUAUGCAGACACACCUCGGCGUCCCCAUCAAGUCUUGGCAGUCCUGGCAGGACAUACAAUCGGUACCCCAUGCCCUACAUCUCACCUGAAAGACACUGCUGCGGUUUCACAGACAUCAUGGCCCCCAAUCUGCAUGGGGACCCAGACUUUGUACCUCCUGAGCUCCAGGCUGAAACUCUGAUGGAGCAGGGACACACGGACAUGCUCACCCAGCUGCGCUUCACUCUGGCCUUCACACAAAUCGUGACAGACAUCGCUGUAGCAAAGGAUUCUGGAAACGAGAAAAGUGAGACGUCAGAUGCCUCCUUUCUGGAGCAGAGUCAGGUGGCUGACCAGAUUAGCCAACUGAGCCGAGAGUGGAGUUGUGCAGAGCAGCUGGUCCUUUAUAUGACGUGUGCUGAGCUCUUAUUCAGCACCUUACACAUGGCGAAGGAGGCGAUUAAACAGGGCAAACUCUAUCCAUCUGCAUCUGUAAAACAGGUGGUUCGAAAGCUGAACGAUCUCUAUAAGGAGUGUGUGACGUCCUCUCGCUCUCUCACUGCGAAUCUUCAGCUCUUCUUCAGCACCAAACAGAGGCUGAUGGACCGCAUGAACAACAUCACUGCCGAGAAAAUCAUCUACUUUCACACUGUCCAGAUGGUGCAGGCUGCAGCUCUGGACGAGAUGUUCCAUCACGGCGAGGCCUCUGUUGAACGCUACCAGAAAGCUUUACUGCUGAUGGAAGGACUUUCCUUGAUCAUCACAGAAACAUCCGACCUCGACAACAUUAACAAAUGUAUACAGUGUAUCGAACGGCGUCUCUCCUCCCUCCAGCCUGGAUUACUGUGUGUAUGAAAUCCCACGCCACAAAAACUUUCCUCUGAUGCCAACUGGAUCUUUCUGGAAACUUUCCACCACUUUUUUGUGUGCAAGAUCAAAGAUUCCCAUUAAUUCCCCCUGGAAAGUUUCCAGUCUUGAAAAGACCUGGAAUUUUCUACCACACAUGAAAAACGGAUAUCAGUAUAAUAAAAGCAGAGUCACUCAAUAAGAUGGUUGUAUUUUUUCUACAACAGCAUACCGUGAAGUGCUUCAUUCUUUUUUACACCACAGGAAUUUGCCAAUGACUUCUCCCACUUGUGCUUUUUAUCCGUUUAUAGUUACCUUUCAUUUUAUAACGAUUAUAGGACACAAUAAUCGGUUUAUUACUGGUCUUAGAUCCAUCGUACGAGUCCCUGGCGAGCUGCCGUUAUGAGAAAACACCUUCCGGCCAAUCAGAAUGGAGAAUUUCAAGGCGCUGUGGUAUACAUUGUGUUUGAAGCUCAUCCUGGUUGAACGUUUUUACAGUGUUUGAAGUUCAUAUGAAUUAGUUUAUUAGUCUUUGACUGCAGUUAAUAACUCUGAAUCUGCUCAUCCAGUUCUAUGUCAUGGCUUCUCAUUAGAUAGAUUGUGUGUUUUUUGUGACUUUUUUAUGCUCUAAAGCAUGACCUUGCGUGUUGUUACAGUGGAAAUGGAGGCCGACUUGGUAGUCUUGAUUGAGAAGGUCAGACGGCCGGCGUUGUGUAUGUGUUCCACAGAACAAGUCCGAAUUCUAUUUAUAAGUGAUAGACCAACCGUUUUUUUUGUUUUUAUUUUCCUGAGCGUUGAAUCGCUGUGUGAUCUUCUAAACUCUGAUACAAUACUUGAUGUAAUUAUUGUGAGAACUGUUUGUACUUUACUACUGUAUUUGAAUUAUUUACAGCUGAACUUACAAUGAAGCACUUUAUGAACGAGAGCGAUAAGCGUGUCUGCUGUAGAGGAGCUGAGCAUGCUCGCUUUGUAGCUUUCAUUUAAUUUAUUCUGAUAUAUGAAGCACCUUUUUUUAAGGAAAUAAUGCACACGACGCACAUGGAUCAAGUGUUUUAACCUUUUUUAUUCUACGUCACACGAUGGCCUUAUGUAUGCACACCGAAUGCACAUUAGCACCUGUUGUAUAUACGAUGUUUAUGAAGUCUGGAUGCUAUUUUUUAAGGUUUGUAAUGUUUUGUUGAUUUGUGUGGAUGUGUGUUGAUCAGAAAUAAAGUUUGGUCUCAUUU